AUGCAGAUCAAGAUCAGCCGACUCGUUCGAAUAUUCAUACUCGCGCAAGGUUAUAAGAAUGCCAUAAAGGGCGUGGACGUCGAUAUCUUAGAACAAGAGCUUUUUCCGGUCAAUCGCAGAAAGAAAGGUACAGACAGAGCAUGGAUUGACUUAUCAGACGACGAGAUGGAACAGUUUUUGAGGCUUGAGGAUGAGUUGAAGCGCAUUCGGGGAGAAAGAGGUCCUACUUAUAAGGAGCAAUUAGACCUAGAAAAGAGGCUAGAUGCAGGAUUGGAGCCUGCAACCCCCGACCUUUUCCAAGCCGUCAAAGCUGAAGCGGCGGACUUGGGAGUGCCCUUGAGCGAUGAGGCCGCUCAAGACUUCUUGCAUAUCAACGCAGCGCGUCCUUCGCGCAAAGGCUGGAGCAAGAUACCGAAGAAGAGCGAGGCGGCUGGGAAUGCAUGGGAUAAGGGCACAAAGGCAGGAGGGAAGGACCAGAUCGCAGCUUCGACAGAAGUUCGGACAUCGAACGCCACAGAAGCUGGACCUUCGAACUCCUCAGACCUUCAGCAUCCACACAACUAG